AUGUCGGCAUCGGAACUCCUCUCCGUCCCCUCCUUCGCAACGACACAGCUCACCCUUCUCUCCGCCGAGCUCGCCGCCGAGGUUGCCGAGUCCUCGGCCCUCGUCUCUCACCACGCCCCCACUGCCCUGCAGCGCGCGGGCCUCGCCCUCCCCAACCUCGUCGUCGGCGGCCGCCGCACUGGUCUCGGCGGCCGCACCGUCCUCGAACUUGGUCCCGACCCGGCCGUGUCCUCGAAGCUUCCCGACCACGGCCUCCGCCCCGGCGACAUUGUCUUGGUCUCCGAGCAGCCCACCGGGAACGCCAAGAAGAAGGAGGUGAAGGAGCUCGAGAGCAAAGGCGCGCGGGGCGUCGUCACGAGGGUGCGCAAUGAGACAGUCGGCGUCGCCGUUGACGAGGGCAAGGGGGAGGAGAGGGAGUUUGGCGGGCGGGUUUGGAUCGUCAAGGUCGCCGACGAUGUCACGUACCGGAGGAUGAGCCAAACCAUGGAGAGGCUUGAGAAAAUGACCGAAUCCGAGUACACUGCAUUCAUGCGCGUCCUUUUCGGCCUCUCGACCCCGUCUCCCGUGCCCCGAGACCUGGCAUCAGACUCGGACCUCUCCAAGAUCCAAUGGAUCGACCCUUCGCUUAACGACUCCCAAAAGGACGCCAUCCGGUUCGCGCUGGCAUCGCGAGAGGUGGCUCUCAUCCACGGCCCACCGGGUACUGGCAAAACCCACACCCUUAUCGAGCUGAUCCUCCAGCUGAUCAAACUCGAUCUCCGCAUCCUCGUCUGCGGGCCCUCCAACAUCUCCGUUGACAACAUCGUCGAGCGCCUCGCGCCGCACAAGAUUCCCAUCCUCCGCCUCGGCCACCCGGCCCGCCUGCUCCCCAGCGUCCUCGCCCACUCUCUCGACGUGCUGACACAGACCUCCGAGGCUGGAGCCAUCGUCAAGGACGUCCGGGUCGAGAUGGAUGCGAAACAGGCCUCCAUCAAGAAGACCCGCAAUGGCCGCGAGAAGCGCCAGAUCUACGCCGACCUUAAGGAGUUGCGCAAGGAGUUCCGCGAGCGCGAGCGCCGCUGCGUCAGCAACCUCAUCCGUGAGAGCAAGGUGGUGCUGGCAACGCUGCACGGCGCCGGAGGGCAUCAACUCCGAGACCAGCAGUUCGACGUUGUUAUCAUCGACGAGGCAAGCCAGGCGCUCGAGGCGCAGUGCUGGGUGCCCUUGUUGUCGGCGAAGAAGGCCGUCUGUGCCGGCGAUCAUCUGCAGCUCCCACCGACGAUCAAGUCGCUGAACUUUAAGCUGAAGGCUGCGGCGGUACCGAAAGAGGCCGCGGGCAAACAUAUCAAGGGCAUGACGUUGGAAACGACUCUGUUUGACAGGCUACUCGCUCUGCAUGGGUCAUCCAUCAAACGUAUGCUGACCACGCAGUACCGUAUGCACGAGAAAAUCAUGAGGUUCCCGUCAGACGAGCUCUACGAGGGAAAGCUCAUCGCUGCAGAAGCAGUCAAGCAACGUCUUCUGAGAGACCUACCGUACGAAGUUGAGGAUACCGAAGAUACGAACGAACCGUUGAUCUUUAUUGACACGCAAGGCGGCGACUACCCCGAGAAGAGUGAGGAUGACGAUAAGGACGCUGUCAAGAAGGCAAAGUUCAGUCUGCAUGGGGAGAGCAAGAGCAACGAGAUGGAAGCGGCGUUGGUGCGCCAGCAUGUGCAGAAACUGGUCGACGCUGGAGUCAAGCCGGAGGAUAUCGCAGUCGUGACCCCUUACAACGCCCAGCUCGCCGUUCUAGCGCACCUAAAGGAGCGGUUCCCGGGCAUUGAGCUAGGCAGCGUGGACGGCUUUCAAGGCCGCGAGAAGGAGGCGGUCAUCGUCAGCCUGGUACGGAGCAACUCUGAUGGAGAAGUAGGGUUCCUCGGUGAGAAGCGUCGGUUGAAUGUGGCAAUGACACGACCCAAACGCUCCUUGACGGUAAUAGGGGACUCGGAGACGGUCAAGAGAGGCAGCAACUUCCUCAAGCGAUGGAUGGACUUCCUUGAAGAAAACGCCGAUCUGCGUUACCCGGACUUGUUGUCACUUCAGGGGUCUUGA